AUGGCACCUCCGUUCCGCGCCGAGCACAUGGGCUCUCUGCUUCGCCCGCAGCCGCUGCUGGACGCGCGCGAAGCCGUGCGGCAGGGCCAGACGGCCGAGGCGGCGGGCUUGCCGGCGACGGAGGCCAAGGCGGUGGCCGAGGUGGUGCAGCUGCAGCGGGAUCUGGGGUUCCGGGCGGUGGGCGACGGCGAGUUUGUGCGGACACGGUUCUGGGGGCUGACGUGGGACGAGUUUGACGGCACGACGCGGCUGCAGGACGCGGACGCGAGCCUGUUCCGGCUGUACCACCCGGACGUGGUGUCGCUGAUUGAGCCGGGCCGCCAGGUGAUGCCGGGCGACAGCGUGAUUGCGGGCGGGAAGCUGCGGCACAACCCGGCCAAGUCGGUGUCCAACCUGCACGAGCUGCAGCUGAUCCAGGCCAGCCUGCCCAAGGAGCACUGGGCGGACAUCAAGCUGACGAUGAUCACGCCGGCGUGGUUCCACAUGCGCUACAAGCAGGGCAAGGCGUACGCGCCGGAGGCGUACGACAGCGACGCCGCCUAUUUUGCCGACGUGGCGGCCGUCUACCGGGCGGAGCUGCGGCAGCUCUACGACGCGGGGCUGCGCAACGUGCAGUUUGACGACCCCGGGCUGGCGUACUUUUGCUCGGCCGCGUUCCGCGCGGGCUGGGCCGCGGAUCCGGACAACGUGGGCUCCGUGGACGAUCUGCUGGACGCCUACAUCCAGCUCUACAACGACGCCCUGGCCGGCCUGCCCGCCGACCUGCACACGGGCGUACACCUGUGCCGCGGCAACUUCAUCGGCGGCCGCCACUUUGCCGAGGGCGCCUACGACACCAUCGCCCAGAAGCUCUUCCAGACGCUCAACGUCAACACGUUCUACCUCGAGUACGACACCGCGCGCGCCGGCGGGUUCGAGCCGCUGGCGUUUCUGCCGGCCCACAAGAACGUGGUCGUCGGCGCCAUCAGUACGAAGCUGCGCACGCUCGAGGAUAAGGAGGAGGUCAAGGCGCGCAUCCGCCAGGCGGCCGCGUUUGUGGCCAAGGGCCGCGGCCAGACGGAGCAGGAGGCGCUGCAGAGCAUCGCCAUCAGCCCCCAGUGCGGCUUCAGCACGCACGAGAGCGGCUACCCGCUGCGCCCGGAGGACCAGCGCGCGAAGCUGGCGCUGGUGCGGACGAUUGCCGACGAGAUCUGGGGAGAGCCGUAG